AUGGCUAUUGCAGGCCUACUCGCGUUCUUCUCCUUGGUCCUUAGGACCAAUGCCUUCGGAUGGGAGAUUCCAGUACCGAACACCUUCCCCAACAUUUCUUCGUGUGUCAACGAGCCUCUCUUCUACUCUUGCGAGAAUACGUCGGUCGUCAUGAACACUUGCUGUUCCCCUAGUCCUGGAGGUCAAGUCCUGCAGACUCAAUUUUGGGACACGUACACUGGGCUGGAAAGCGAGGGACAACUGUUGCCCAAGGACAGUUGGACAAUCCACGGCUUGUGGCCGGACAAUUGCGAUGGAACGUACGGCCAGUACUGCGAUUUCUCACGACAGUAUGACCCUGACCCAUCGCCUGCCAUCUUGCCUGAUGGCACUCCCGUACCGCCGUAUCAUGGCAUCUCCGUCGAGAACUUCGUUCUUGAAUUUGGACGGCUUGAUCUUCUUGACUACAUGAACAAGUACUGGAUUAACCAAGGCGCACCGAACCGUGACUUCUGGGCGCAUGAGUUCUCGAAGCAUGCGACAUGCACCUCGACGUACGACGUGGCGUGUUAUGGCCCCGACUAUAAGGAGCACCAGGACGUUAUUGACUUCUACUUGUCUGUCGUGCGCGCGUUCCAGAAGUAUCCUACAUGGGAGAUCCUUGCAGCCUCCGGCAUAUAUCCCUCAAAUACUACCACGUACACCUUGAGCCAAAUACAAGCGGCCCUCAAAGCGCAGACAGGAGCGGUACCAUAUCUAGGGUGUGGAGGUGAGAACAACACGAUUUUAGAGGAGGUUUGGUACUACAACCAUGUUCUCGGAACGGAGCAAUUCGGUCAGUUCAAGAGCAUUGAUGCUGAUGAGGAAUCGUCUUGCAACUCCACUGGCAUCUGGUACUACAAGCGAACGCCUACCUCAGAGCGAGAUGUUAGGACUAUGCCGUGCUCGUUCUUCUGA